AUGGGAAGGAAGAAAGGGUAUGUCGAAUUCGAGGAAUCUCCACCGGACGAUUUUGAUCCGGCGAAUCCUUACAAGGAUCCGGUGGCUAUGUUAGAGAUGAGGGAACACAUCGUCAGAGAAAAAUGGAUCCAAAUCGAAAAGGCUAAGAUUAUUAGGGAAAAGCUUCGAUGGUGUUAUCGCAUUGAAGGUAUUAAUCAUCUUCAGAAAUGUCGUCAUCUUGUUCAACAGUAUCUUGAGUCUACUCGUGGGAUUGGUUGGGGCAAGGACGGUCGUCACCCUUCUCUCCAUGGACCAAAAGUUGAGGCAGUUGAGUCCGAAUGA